CGGAACACCAAACUCCGUGCAGAAUGUGUCCCUUUUACGCCUUCGUGGGUCUCGGAACACGCAUCUAUUACCGAUACAACAAUAUUUUACAGUUUACGUGUUGGUAUAACAUACCGUUAAAUACGGCAUAGAUCAAAUGUUCCAAAGCAGGACAUAUUUCGACAAAACUUGAACAUUUACUGCUGGCUCGCCCGUUUUUCCUGCCAUCUUUUACCACCAGGCGCGCCGUGUGGGGCGGUAGCGACUUGGGUGACUCUGUGGUAAAAGUACAGAUUAUCGAAACGGAGUCAUAGUUCAUGGAAAGUUUACAUCCGGAAUUCACCGAGAGACCGUCCGCUACAGAGGAAACAUCCAAAACCGGGCGUGAGUGGUACCUAAGGAGGGGAGGAGCAUGUCCAGGAUGUCUCUGAGCCGCUCGCCUGUGUCCCCCAUGACCGCCCAGGGCAUCCCGUCGCCAGCCCAGCUCACCAAGGCCAACGCCCCGGUCCACAUCGACGUGGGGGGGCACAUGUACACGAGUAGCCUGGCAACGCUCACCAAGUACCCCGAGUCCAGGAUCAGCCGUCUGUUUAACGGCACCGAGCCCAUCGUGUUGGACAGUCUGAAGCAGCACUACUUCAUCGACAGAGACGGAGACAUCUUCCGCUACAUCCUCAGCUUCCUGCGGACGUGCAAACUGCUGCUGCCCGAGGACUUCAAGGACUUCCCCCAGCUGUACGAGGAGGCCCGGUACUACCAGCUGACUCCGAUGGUCCGGGAGUUGGAGCGCUGGCAGGCGGAGCGGGAGGCCCAGCGGGCGUCGCCCUGCGAGUGUCUGGUGGUCCGAGUCACGCCCGACCUGGGCGAGAGGAUCGCUCUGAGCGGGGAGAAGGUCCUGAUCGAGGAGAUCUUCCCCGAGACCGGAGACGUCAUGUGUAACUCUGUCAACGCCGGCUGGAACCAGGACCCCACCCACGUCAUCCGCUUCCCCCUCAACGGAUACUGCAGACUCAACUCAGUGCAGGUCCUGGAGCGUCUGUUUCAGAAGGGCUUCGGCAUCAAGGCGUCCUGCGGCGGGGGGGUCGACUCGUCCCAGUUCAGCGAGUACGUCCUGUGUCGUGACCUGCGGCACAGCCACUCCAUCACCAGCACCCCGAUCCGGAUCAAACAGGAACCUCUGGACUAAGAACCACCAGCGCACAGGAAGUGCAGACUGCAUCCACAGGCCGCGUACUCACAUCUGGAUCCGCCUCCGCAGCCGGCAGGAGAACAUCGCGCUGAGCUGCCAGACCAGAUCCGGACGCUCGAAAAGGUCGCGGGGCUUCGGGAGACCUUUGACCUCACUUUGGAUCUAGAGUUUUUCCAUUUGGAGCCCGAUGACGUCUGUAAAACUCGUGUGAGUGGAGGCUCGGACAGAUCGGCCGUCACGUGUAAAUAACAUUUGUAACCAGAAUCUCUGUUGUUGACGUGAGCAGCCCCCUUGGUCCAUAUCUGUCCUCUGUGUGUGUGCAGAUGAACGGAGGGGUCAUUUUUAUAAGUAUGUCCGGAGGCCACGGGGCACAUAAUUUAAUUCUUUUUAUAAAACUGCCAUUUUGAAAAUGUAUAUUUAAUGUAUUUGUUAGGUGUCACUUCUUUUCAUUUGUACAGAUGUAUUGAUAAAAGAUGAGAGGGUCUGCGACGAGUCCACACGAACUCAAACCUGCUUCUUUAUCGUUUUCUUUAUUUCAUUUUUUUGCAAAGGUACAAACAACUGUAAAAUUGCAUUGCCUGAAAUGCGUCAGGAUCGAGUACAGAAUGU